CGCGUCGCCAUCGCGCGCGGUCGUCACGACCCGUCUCGCAAACUGUAACUACCCGAGAACGGUGAAAAAACCGGAUGCCCAUGCUCCAGUUUGCCACUAAUAGCGAUGUGAGCAACCCGUGACGUCAUCAUGAGCUCGUGGGUGGUGUCCGCCCUGCUCAUCCUAUUUGCCAUGGGUGGCGAGGGCCAAGAGCACGGGCCCGUGUUCCUGAUGGAGCCGCCGGCCCGGCUGGUGUUCGCCAACAGCACCGGCGCGCAGGUGUCGUGCGCGGCACACGGCUUCCCACCGCCUCAGCUCGCGUGGCAAAUGCCGGAUGGCGCGCCGCUCGACGACGUGCCUGGCCUAAGGCAGGUGCUGGACAACGGCACGCUAGUGCUGUUACCAUUCCCGGCCACACGCUACCGGCAGGAUGUGCACGCUGCCGUGUACCGCUGCCGCGCGCACAACGCGCACGGUGCCGUAGUAUCGCGUGACAUGCGCGCGCAGGCAGCUGGCUCGACGCUGCUAGUAGACGAAGGCUGGAAGCUGGUCGUCCGCUCGGUGCGAGCUGAGGACGCGCGAGCGCAGUUCUCCUGUUCGGUGCUCGAUUCGCUCACCGGCGAGAGGCGCCGGAGCGCGCCCGUCAGCAUCGACAUUGCGCCGUCAACCGGCGCGGCAGCUCCACGCGCGGUGUACCACGGUCAGUGGGAGACGAGCGUGCGACGCGGCGGCGACGUGGUCCUGCCGUGUCUGGUGCACGCCAACCCACCAGCGACUAUCACCUGGUACCGCGAGAGCGCCGGCGGCGUGCUGAGAGAACUCCGCGACGGCGAAGCGGGCGGGCGCUACACGCGCGCACGACGCGCUGGGCGUGCGCCGCGCCGACGUCCAAGAUGGCGGCCGGUGGGCGUGUCGCGCGGCCAAUGCGCACGGGCACAUCACGCUGCGGCUGCAGCUCAACGUGCGCGCACACCUCACGACGCACGUGCAGCCACACACGCAGGUGGUGAACAGUGGUGGCACUGCCACCAUCAACUGCUCAUGGAGCGGUUGGCCUUCGCCGAGGCUAGAAUGGCUCCACAACGGUGUUCCACUCGGGGCUGGCGUGUCGGGAGGUCGUGUUAG